AUGGCGGAAGAGGUGCAAGCGGAUGUGAGAAUUUUGCUAGUCGGAGAGCAAGGCGUCGGCAAGACAUCGCUGGUGAUGAGCUUGCUUGAAGAUGAAUGGGUUGAACAUGUGCCACCGAAACUGGAAAGGGUAUUAAUUCCUGCAGACGUUACACCUGAAAAUGUUACAACAUCCAUAGUCGAUUGUUCAGUGGGCGGCGAAGGAGAUGCAUACAUCAUCUCCGAACUGAAACACGCAAACGUUGUGUGCAUUGUUUACACUGUGUCCGAUGAUAGCACCAUCAAGAAAGUUACGGAUAGGUGGCUACCUCUAUUGCGAGAAGUCUAUGGAACUGACCACGAAAUUCCGGUGAUUCUAGUUGGAAACAAA